CUCUGGUCAUCCCCUGUACUGUGUCCACAGUCUCUGGUUAUCUCCUGUACUGUGUCCGCAGUCUCUGGUCAUCUCCUGUACUGUGUCCACAGUCUCUGGUCAUCUCCUGUACUAUGUCCGCAGUCUCUGGUCAUCUCCUGUACUAUGUCCGCAGUCUCUGGUCAUCUCCUGUACUGUGUCCGCAGUCUCUGGUCAUCUCCUGUACUGUGUCCGCAGUCUCUGGUCAUCUCCUGUACUAUGUCCGCAGUCUCUGGUCAUCUCCUGUACUGUGUCCGCAGUCUCUGGUCAUCUCCUGUACUGUGUCCGCAGUCUCUGGUCAUCUCCUGUACUGUGUCCGCAGUCUCUGUCCAUAUUUUUUUU